UAAGGGAAGUGAGGAAAAAAACUAACACAGAGAAGAAAGAGAUAGAGAUUGCUGGAGGGUUUGGCUUGGCUUGGCAAUGGCGUCGACGACUACUUCUCUAUCCUGGGGCGCUUCAUCAUGGCUUCAGAGCCAUGGAUUAGCAAGAAACGAGGGUGCGAGAAUCCCAGAGAAAAGCUCCUCCGUAAGUUUGAUUGUAGCUCAAAAGAAAGCGAAAAAGCUAAGAAAGAUAAUAUUGAAGGAAGAUGUUGCUGAUUUGGGAAAGAAAGGGCAGCUAUUGGACGUGAAAGCUGGAUUUUACAGGAAUUUUUUGCUUCCAACGGGAAAAGCCCAGAUAGUCACUACACUUCUGCUCAAAGAAAUGCGAAUGGAAGAUGAGAGAAUUGAUGCUGAGAAGAAACGGGUAAAAGAAGAGGCGCAACAGCUUGCUAUGAUAUUUGAAACUGUUGGAGCAUUUAAGGUGAAACGCAAGGGUGGGAAAGGGAAACAAAUAUUUGGCAGUGUUACUGCUCAAGAUAUCGUUGAUAUCAUCAAGGCCCAGCUUCAAAGGGAUGUUGACAAACGAUUUGUUACUCUUCCUGAGAUUCGAGAAACUGGGGAAUAUGUUGCAGAGCUUAAGCUUCACCCAGAUGUUACUGCCCGUGUAAGGUUGAAUGUCUUUGCAAACUGAGGCUGAAGAAGCAGCAUACAUAUUUUUUUUUCUGUCUGUACUACUAAUAUGGUUGGAAGUUAUUGGUGAGAAAGUUCUUAAUUGUGAAAUGAAUUCGCUAUCGAAUUUAGAGUUGUAGAUCUACUUGUUUCUGAAAAUAUAAUCCAAUCUUGAACACAAAUCUUGUACAAUUGUUCUGUUCCUAGAUAAAUUGAUCAGAAUACAAGCUUUGAUUUA